CUUGGAUAUUUAAGCCCAGCCUUGCCUCGCUAUGGAAUGUUAACUCGGGAAAUCUGGGUACUGAUGACGUAUAUUGGCGAAGAUUCGGCCGCCAUCUUGGUCACGCGAAAUGAAAAUUGAAGGAGAGUUUAACAUGUGAAUCGAUAAAAAUCCUUCGAAAUCACAUAAAUAUUCAUACAUGGAGUAUUCGUGAACAGAAAAGGCAGAAGAUAUUGCAGUUUUGUGGCUCUAUUCUACGUCAUCAGCCGACCAACCCCUUUAAACUUGAGGACUGGGCAUGAUGCAGAACACCGAAGCGAGGUUCGAAUUCUCAACGAUGGCGACAGCUGAGACGCUAAAAGUGAGUAUUUCCUUCGAAUUUUGUCUUAAUUUCCUCCUUAAAAACGUGAUGUAUUGAGUUAAAGAGAGUUAAUUCUCCUAUUAUUGGUAACAUUUAACAUUUUUCUUUGGAAUUAUAUUUAGUAUUCCGUGGUCUGUGGUAAAAUUCUUUUCUGAUAAAAUUUUCCUUUUUCGAACAAUGGAAUUGACAUGAAAACAUAAUCUCGCAUCCAAACAACACCCAAAAGAUCAUUCAAAAUGGACGUCAGAUAACCGGGAAAUUACCCUAGUUUAGUUUCAAGUUAAUCUGAAUUGUUUCAAACGUAUUUUGAGGUUGUCCAGAAAAACCAAUCAAACAGCUGUCCAAUACUAUACGCGACUUGGCGUAGAGUAUUUGUUUACAUAAAUAUCCUCAACAAAAAAAGAGAGAAAGCAUAUGUUCUGCUUUGAAAAUGCGAAGCGUACUUAGGAGAAGGUAAACUCAAUUUAGAGCCGCUUAAACCAUUUUUAUCCACUUAUAUUCUAGCAUUUAAUGCAGACAUGUAAGCUUCGUGGGAAUUUUUGUAUACAAAUUUUAAUCGAAACAAGCUUGAGUUCCUUGAAUUUUAUUUUGGCUACACGUAUUUUCGUGUAUUGCAAAUUUCUCUCGUGGGAGGUUCUACAUAUUAAGAGAAGUAUUUCAGCAUUCAUUUAUAUUUAAAAGAUUUAUAUUGUGCUUGGAUAUUAUUACUCAUAUACAGUGUAUGAUCAUUCCAUUACCGUAGUAUUUCUAAUCAUUCUAGAAUUUGUAAAACUUCCUCACGUUGUGGUGGUACAUGUAUAUAAUUUACCAAUCUCUUAUUGAGAAAUUGACUCUUUAACUUUCUUAGAACAUGAACACAGAUUUCAUUGCUGCAUUAUAUUCAAAGUUACUGAAAAGGGGAAAAACCCAUGUAAUUAAUACUUUCCAGUACAUGUACUUGUCACUUUCAUUUCUAGCAUAAGUGAAAAAAAAACAUACUCUUGGUUAAAGUGAAGGCAAAAAUUAAGCUUUUGAAUGUCGGUAUUUAAGCAGCUAGAGAUCAUCAUUGUUUUAUGAGUUGCAGUUCUCAAAAUUUUCAUGAUACAUUUAAGUGUAAGUUAAAACAUCACUGUAAUAUUAGUGUGUGUAAAUUAUUUUAAUAACUUAAAAAUUAAUGAACCAUGUAACACUUAUUUUAUUAUUUUCAUUUUUAUCAUUUUAAAUGAAACCACAACAUGAUAGUUUUUCCUUUCUCAAAUAUAACUUUUAGGAGGACCAAGUGUCAGAUGAAAUAAAAGGUAUGUUUUGCAGUUUGCCUUUCUUUUAACAGAAUAUGUAUUAAUAAACUGUAAUGUAAGUGUAUACAGUGGUCUGUACUGUCAAUUUGUAAUUCUAUGAUAAGAUUUUCAGGAAUACAUGUGUAAUGGAAGCUAAAUACAUGUACUUGAAGGUUUACUUCCAGAUAAUAUCACAUCAGUAAUAAAUUAUUACAAUAAUAAUACAGUAAUCUAUAUACGAAGGCAAGGAAACUCUUUAAUACUUUUGAUAUUUAGGUUAAAUAUUGAAAUUCAUAUGUUACCAAUUUUCAAGUAAAAACAUAUUUUUUUUGUUUGCAACAUUCUUUGUUUUGUUAUGAGGAUAAUUGAUAUAGCAAGAAAGACUAAGACCAUUAAAUUUGGUACUCUCCAUGCCUGUAGCUGUACAUAUACUUCAUUUAGUUUAUCCAACCCUCAUUACAAAAUUUAUAGUCCAACAAAGGGAGAUUUAGUUUGGGUUAGUUUCAAUCGACUGGUAUUUUAACUAUGCGUUUCCCAGGGUGUGGUGAAAGUUCUGUCUGAUAGCCCAGGGCUAGUGGAAUGACCUUUCAAGCUACAUGUAGAGUGUAGUUUUUUUUUUGUUAUUACAAGUUGUUUGAGGGAAAAGCCAUUUAGUUGCCCAAUGUGAAAGGAAAGUAGAUUAUUUAAGUUAAAUUUUGCACUGGUUCCAAUAUCUUGUCCUUGCAAGCUUAUUUACCAGUUGUUUGUGUGUGUGUGUUUGUCUUUUUGAUAUUACACCUGUACUUUGUAUAGAGUUCAAGUACAGCUAACUAAGGUACUGUUCAGAUGCCAAAUGUGGAAGUAACACCUGGCAUUGAAUAUGUGAUAAGUUUGGCUUCUGAGUCAUAAACAUGUAGAGUUGUAAGAACAGCUCCUUUAAUCUGAAAUUGCUUAACCAUUCCUCAUGCAUGGCCCAGCUGGCAGUGUUAACUAUAUACAGCUGCAAUGGCUGUGAUUCAGGCACUCAACUUUUCAUCUGCCAAAGUUGAUGUAUUAAUGAUUUUUUUUUUGCCUCAAACUGUUAUGAUUAAAUUAAAUUUGGUUAUGCAAUUAAGGGUAAAGAUCAACAAAGUUUUGCAUAAUGUUUUUGAUGUCGCCAUGACAGAAUUUUUGUUAUCUUGUGAAUUGUAAACUGUUAAAUCCACUUAAAUACGUGUUAGUUUGGCAUCUCAAGACCACUUUUUUACUAAUGAAUUGAAAGGUACACCUUUUUGGUCUGCCUUAAUUUUGGCCUCUGACCUUGGCCCAGGGUAUAUUGAAAACUUUUGUAUAUGCUGCAUAUCUUUUACAAACAAUAGUAACUUUAGUGUCAUUUAAAUUUGAGACUAGUUUAUUAAUUUUACACUUGGCAGUUGUACCUGGCCUACAUGUGGUUUUGUUGCUUCAUUUCAAUAAGCAGUUACUUACAAAAUAAACAUGCUUUUUUUUAUUUGUUGCCUGUACACCUACAUGCUCUCUUUGCAUGCAUUUGGAGCAGGCAUUUGAAACUGUUGAUAAGACAAUGAUACAGGUGUCCAUAAAGGUACAUUCGCUUUAUAACUUGGUCUUUUGUUGAUCUAAGCAUACAGCCACUUGGGCGAAAACUGUAUGCUAUGUUUUUGAACAGCACUGUACAUGCAGUUUUGGUCUUUCCAUUUCUUAGGAAGCAAUGAAAAACCCUCUGAAAAUACUGUGAAAUCAAUAGAAGAUGCUGAUGUCAAACCAAAGGAAGAGAGUCCAGCUGCAAGUGGCCUUUCUCUGAUAACCCCAAUGUCAGAGGAGCCUAGUCUAUCAGCUCCGGUGGAAAAAGAAAUGCCAGGAGCUUCAGUAAAGGUACAUUUGGCAACGACAGCAAAAACAACAACAAAACGUUAUUGAGAAGCAAAUAAUAUAAGUUAUAACAAAAGCACUGCCCUCAGCUACAGGUGUAGCAUAGCUAUUUAAGGCAGGACAGUGCGUGCAAAAAAACGUAAAGUAAUAUUAAGGCUAACUAAGGAAUGUUUAUAAUUUAUAAAUAAAUGAAAUAAAAAUUAUAAUAAAUGACUGCAAUUUAUUGAGGACUAAGAAAGAAUUAAAUGAAUAACAAACUGUAAGUGUAGAAAAGAGGAAGCAAAAAACCUUAUUUUUCGAAAUUUUUGGCUGAAUUAAUUUUUUAAAUUAAUUAUUUGCUUCUCAAUAAAGUUUUGUUGUUGGUACAUUUGACAAGGUUUAUGAGGGCUUGAAAUUAUUACACUCUACAUGUCAGUGUAGCUAUAAACAGAUGGGCAUCAGUCAAUCUGUGCCAUGAAAGUUAAUGUCUUUUUCUCAGACAUGAUCUGUAGCCAGUCAAGUUGUGAAAACAAGUGACAUGCAAUAAUAUUUAUUCCCUUUUCACCAUAUUAUGAAGAUGAGAAUGAGAUGUACUGUACAGGUAAAUGGAAAGAGAAACAUGACAUUACAAGCUUAAUGUGGUGUGAUUAAACCUAAUGUACUUGCACUUUAGACUUACAGAGAACCAUCAAGUUCAUGUGGGAACAAGGGCAAUGGUUUGAUAACUACAUUUGUAAAUUGAUUUUUUUUUUUAAGAACAAAAUUUAAUUUACAUGUAAGCAGAAACAAGAAGACAAAUAUGCAAGGAAAUAUGUAUAAGCCACUCACGCACAUAGUGUUGUAAUGGUUAGUUCAGACUGGUUGAUUAUGGUAUCAAGGUGGUUUGUUUUAAGCUCUCUUUGCGCCUUUAAUUUUUUUCCUUUAGCAAGAAAACUUGUACAGUGCCAAUUUACAAACUGGUUCAUCUACAUUUUGAGACAAAAGAGGACAACCUGCAGGCGUUUAAACAAUGAGUAGCUUGAGAUUAACUUAUCUAAACCAUCUAAACCAAUAAUGCUGUUGUGCAAUUUACUUGUACAUAACAUACAGUCGUAAUUUAUUGCUCUGGAUCCUGGUACAUUUAAAAGGAAAAUAAGUUAUUCAAAUUGAAGAUGCUCAGGUUAUUGGGUUAAAAAUAUAUAAUUUUAUUGUUAAUUCAUAUUUACAUUGUGUGCUGUUUCAGGAAGUCAAACUUUCAUGUGCCCCAACAGUUGCUAUAGCAAUUUCACAUAGCUAAAUAACAUUCAAAUUUUCAUUAAACAUAACCUUUUUAAUUGAAGGAGGCUGUGAAAAUGGGAUAUUUUUCCCCAAAGUAGUAAAUUAUUUUCAAUGUAAGUUCAGUAAUUUUUUUUGUAGACAAAAGCCCAGUUAAACUGUAAUGAAUAGCCAAGAACUUUACAAUUAAACUGAACCAACUCAAGCAGGUCUUUGCUGGUUUUCCUCUGUUACAACAAUUUUAUUAUGUUUGGCGAAUUAACUAAAUUGCAAAGCUUCUGCUCUUGUGUUAAUUUGUCAUUGUAUUACAUGCACACUUGUGCAAAAGGUUUAAGAAAAAUAAUGAGUUGAUUCUUUUAGAAAAGCUUUUUUCUGAAAGAUGAAUUUAGGAAACUACAAUGUACAUGUACUGUACAUAGACAUUGUGUUCUAACAAGAUCCUUGGAAAAAGCAGAGUUUGUCUUUAAAGCAUCAAUAAUUGGAUCUCAAGAUAAAUUAUUUUGUUGUAGCAUAGAAAUGCUCUUCAGGUAGUGCUAAUUGCUGUUUACAUGCUAUUUAUAUUAUUUCAAAAUACUGCCUUACUUACAUACGUACAUACAUUCUUUACUGUUACCUCCCCAAAGGGGCUUUUCAGGAACAAUGAAAAAAGUACACAAAAAAACAAUUUUAAGUGUAAUCAGGCAGUGUCAUAAUUGACAGUAUUCAUGUGUUUGAUACUUGGAUAUGAGAAAAAAAUGGUUUUAAGACGGAAUCCAUCAAGAAAUUGAGUAAUUUUAAUUUUCAGUGGACAAAAACCUUGUACCAGAAUAAUUUAAACAAUAUUGCAUUCUUUUUUUACAUUUUUCAAGUGCUAUAGAUGUAAUUGGUUAUCUGUAAUAACACCAAAGAAAGUUUCUUAUAAGAGCGUGAGAAAAUAAUUGUCAAAUUUCACAAAAUGACAUCUUCCACAUGAAAUUUUCAGAAUUUUCCUUGUGUUUUCACAAUUUAUUCUUGUGAAAUUUGACUUUUAUUUUCUUGGGUUCCCAUGAGAAAUAGUCUUUGGUGUUAUUACAGAUAACUAAUUAUAUCUUUGGCUUUUGAAAAAUGUAAAAAAGAAUGCAAUAUUGUUUAUAUUAUUCUGGUACAAGGUUUUUGUCCACUGAAAAUUGAAAUUACUCAAUUUCCUGAUGGAUUCUGUCUUAAGUUUUCAGAUUACUUUGCAAACAUGUAAUCAGUAUCUGUAAUAGUCUAUAGCUGUUAUAGAAUUUGUUGGUCUUAUUUGUGCAGUGUAAGCAGUGUUAAAGAGCUUGCAAUAGAAUACAUUGGUUGUACAAUGUACAGUAUAAAAUGGUGAACACUACAUGUAUGUGUGAGAACAGCUAAAAUUUUGCUACUGUACCUAUACUUUAAUGAGUUGCCUUCUUCAAAUUUUAUUGAAACAUGUGGCUACUGUGUUCACUGUUUUGGGGUCAGAGUAAUCAGGGCUGUCACUAAGAUUUUCAAGUUGCUGGGUAAAAUAAUACAUCAAGUAAGCAAUGAAUCAAACAGCCACGGACUUCUUUUGGUUCUAUUUUUUGGUUCUAUUUUUUUGUGAUUUUCUUAUGAUAGUAAGGGUUAAUUUAAUUAAACUUUUACAAGACACUGACAAUAUUACAAUGGCUACAUGUACACUUACACUUACACUACUUGUACAUGUAAAAGUUUUAUUAAAUUUACCAUAGGGGUCACAUUCGUAAAGGUAUUUUCAUGGGGAAAAUCUCGGCCUCUUGUUCUUAAUGCCCUGAAAAUCAAUUCCUCAUGGAGCACAGUCACGUACAGUCAUGUAAAGUUAAUUUAUCAGAUGAUGAGUCGAGCUGUUUAAUCUUUAAUUUCUUCUAUCUGAUACACUUGUGUACCAUUUUUCAGGUGGACCCUGAAGCAGAAAGACAGGGUGAAAUUUUGGCUUUUUAUGGUGAAGAGGAAACCAGAAAUUAUGACAGCCCUGAACCGGGGCCUGCAGUGGAAAAAGAUGAUACACCCGUUACUCAUCAGCAAGCAGAGCCAGCCAAUGGCCAGGUUUGAGUUCAAGCUUUAUCACGUCUGCUUAGGACUCGGCUUAUGACCCCAAUUUUUUUUAUUUUCACUUGGUCAUAAGCUGUCUUAUGGCUAGACUUACAAGUCCUUCUCCAACUUCAUUGCUAGUGAGUUAAAUUAAAUUUAACACUGUCAACAACAAGGAGAACUGGUUGUUGUUUGGAGGCUGAAACAUAGCCAGCCAUGCUUGAAUCAGCCCCAUGUGCUAAGUACAGCAUUUGCUGGUGGCCACUGGCUUUGUUUAGCAUUUGGAGUGUGCUUUUACCCCCACCCCUUCCUCCCUUUCAAUUUUUCCACUGAUAAAUGAGUGUGAUGGAUACCUGGUUCUGUUUGCAUGGGGGCUCAUGGCUGCAUCAGCAAGAUGCUGGUUUAUCAGCCAGCAGGGUGUAACUCUAUCUAGGGGCUGGCUUUGCCAACGAGUCUGAAGUCUCUGGACAUUCCAGGCACCCACCUCCAUUAAGCUGCAAUGCAGUUUUCAAAGGUUUUAAAACUCCAAGCCAUCUUUUUUUCACUUGUUUGCUAAUUACAGUGAAUUAUGAAGUGGGAAUAUUAAUUAUUGUGAUUCAUUAUUUGAUUGUGAAUUAUGUGAAGGGUCCCCUUUACAGACCCUCUUUUGCUUGUGAAGCAAAUAAAAAAAAUUGACAUUACCUCGGAUCGAGGGAAGUGAUUUAGUGAUUUAUUCCAUAUAUAUUCUAAUUGAAGUAAUUAUACUCCUGUACUUUAGCAUAUGGUAAUAUUAUAAGUACAUGGAUGAACAAAGAAAAAAUUAUGUUGCUUUUGACAGGUUCAAGAAGAAGCUUCUAAGGAAGUAGUAAAAGCAGAAGAGCCACUCCCUGAAAAUAUGGGUAAUAAAAACUUCCAUGUAAAGUAGCAACUACCAGAAAAACUAUGAAAAAGCUGCAUUAUCUAUAUUUCACAUACUCUAGAUUAUUGUUUUCCUCUAAGAACAGUUUCAUAUCUUUGUAACAAUAAUGUAAGGAAAACGGUAAAAUUGCAUGUCGUUGUAUUAUUUAAUUAAUUGCUUAUAGGGUUCCUGUAAAUACAUCAGGGGGUAGAAAUACUUGAUGUCUGUGGCAAACGACAACCACUCACCACACCAGCAAUCACUACUAACAAAUAGAGCUGUACACUGUACCUGUAGUUUUUGCAGCUUAGAGCUUAGUUUUGAAAGAAUUAGUGUUUGAACUUCUUUGAGUUUUGUUACCUUUGGCAAAUCUGAAUCAAAAUAAAUCUAACUACACGUAAACAUUAAAGGCCCCUCCCAUUUAAAGUUGGUGCAGUUUUAGAGCUGAACAAAACUGUGGAUUAAACAUCCAAUGCAUUAUUUUUGUAAAUUCAUUUUGUUUUCUUAAAAGUGACCUAGACUCUAAUACCAACAUAGAGGUGCAUUCAAUGUCUUAAUCACGAGUCAAAAUUUCUUAAAAUAACUUUUAAGUGAAGAGAAUGUUUUUUAACAAUGGAUUAAAAUAAUGUCUCAGUCUUGAGACUCUUAAGUUAUGCUGUACAUAUACAUCGGAAUACACAGUUUUUGUAAGAUUUUGCGGUAAUUUUAUCUGGAGGAUUGGAAAAAUUGGGGAGAUAACAUGUUUUACUGGUAAAGGAAAUGCAGUGUUGGUUCUAAAAAUUUAUGGGAGGGUGGAAAAUUUUUCGGCUUGCAAACUCAGUUAGUUGUUCUACAAACUGUAUAUAUACAUGUACAGUUAUGCUUUGUGUACACUGCAGCAUUUUUAGGGUUGCCACAGUCAGGGAAAAAUCAAAAAGAGAAACAUUUUUCAUGAUCAAGGAAGAAGUCAGUGAACUUUUUUCUUAAGUCAGUGGAAAUCUUUGUUAUUGUCAAAGUCAGUGAAUUAUAUCCUCUUUGCACACAUAAUCCCUUAAAAAGUAUAAAGAGGUUAAAAAUGAAGUGAGGAAUAUUGAUGAAAAAUGUUGGAGCAAAGUUACUGUCAAUGUGGAUUGUUUUAUUAGUCACCUAAUGCAAGGUGUUUAGAUGUCAGUGAAAAGUCUGGGAAAAGUCAGAGAAUUUUAUAAUUUCUGAUGAGUGGCAACCCUGACUGUAGCAUUGCCCUCACUACUUGGAAGUAUAUAUGGACCCAAUCCAAAAAUGGCUGCUAGAGUUGUGAUAUUCUCUUGUUUGAACUAAAAUUAGCCUGACUAGCCUUGCUUGAGAUAAUGCAUUCUUUUGAAUUUUGUACAGAAGAAUGAGGGCAGUCAGUCUAAUUUUAAACCAGCAGGCAUUUUUGCAUUGGGUCUAUACUAGACUCUGUUGAGAAGAAUGUCAAUAGCUGUCUUUCUAGGUAAUGACAUUAAAAACUGGUAAAGGAAAGUAAGGGAUUGAUCAAGAAGUAGUUAUGAUAUUUGUUACUAGAUUCUUGUUUGCAGUACGUAAAGUUAAUGCCAAAGUAACUAAGUAAAUAAAUAAGCUAAAUAUUAAGAAGUAAAAAUUAAGUUAAUUCUUUUUCACUUUAAUAUGACCAGAAAAGUAUCAGUAGUAUUGUUUUUACACAGAAUGCAGAUUACCUGUUGAGUUUGCAAUGUCUAUACUUUACUAUUUUUAUUUAGCACCAAUUUUCUGGUCGGGUGACUUGUCCUUAACCUCUCUGCUACAUUAUUUUAACUUAACACAGCUUUUUUUCCAUGUUAUGAAAUAUAACGUUAAGCAUUAUUGUAACACUAAAGGGAAACUUCAUUUUAACUUUUACGUUCAUUGACAUAAAGCUGUAGAAUGGUUAACAUUGGAAAGUUCUUGGCCAUAAAUAAUAAUAUUUUAGCUAGUCAUAUUUCCUUGUAAUCUAACAAUGCAAGUUUUAUUCUUUAAGAGCUAAAUGAUUUUUGUAUUUAUCUAGCAUGUUUAAGUGAGCGGCUUUAAUCCUUAACUAUACUGAUCAUUUUCUUGGAAGCUUAGACCUUCUUUCUAACAUAGUAAUGUUUUAUCUGAUACAGCAAAGUGUGAAUUCUGCAACUUCAUUGGAAUAAGGGAAUCAUUUUUCUCAAAGUCCAAACGCUUCUGUAAAAUGGAAUGUGCGAAAAGAUACUCGUCCGCAUCCAAUAUUAAACAGAAGUCUAAAGGAGACAAGAUUGGGACUCCAAAAAAGAAACACAGAACUUCAGACAGACAUCAUAAAGUUUCUUUAAAACUCGACCUUCUUUCUAAUCUAGUGACUGUUUUGUCCGAUACAGCCAAAUGUGAAUUCUGCUGCUACAUCGGAGUAAAGGAAAACUUUUUCUCCAAGUCCAAACGAUUCUGUAAAAUGGAAUGUGCAAAAAGAUACUCUGCAUCGAAUAUUAAAAAGAAGUCUAAAGAAAAGAUAGGGACACCAAAAAAGAAACACAGGACUUCUGAAAGGCAUGCUCACCAAAGCGCAGGUGCGGGGGCAUCAACGGCAACAUUGAGUUCCGCUCUUGCUAAUACUUCUGCAGCAGCUUCAAGUGGGCAAGGAAUGGUUGGAGGACAUGAGGUGAGGUCAAUAGCUUACAAGACCUUUGUGUCAGUGAUAAACAAGGUAAAGCUAGUCUGAAGAGCAGCUAGGUGAUCAUCUCCUUUAUAUGGACAUUAAUUUCAAAACAUUGUAGAAGAUUCUUGGGAACUGCCUACCUUCUUCGCUCCUAAUCCAACAUUUUGCCCUUAUUGAUAAGUGUUAGUGUUACGUUUGUGUGGGUAGGGGUAAGUGGACAAAAGUCAUGAUAAGGUUCUUCAGAACUUCCCACCUACCCCUCUCCUAACUCACCAUUUUGCUCUUAGUGAGAAGAUGGUGUUAACUUUAGCUGGGGGAGUGGUAGGUGGACACAAAACAUUAUAGGAAUCUGGAAAACUUAUCACCUACCCUUCCUCUAACCCAACAUUUGUGAGAAGUUAGUGUUAACUUUGGGUGGGGUGGGGCAAGUGGACAGUUUUCCCGGUUUGUCAAAAGUAGCCAGCUGCCGAAAAUCGCCACCUACUUGGGUAGAAUUGGCCGGCUACUCUGCUUGGCAUUUCUUUAUGGAUGGCGUUUUUUAAAUAAAAUAUCCCUGGACUGGUCGCUUACCUUGACGACUCAGCCGUCUACUUCAAAACUUUCUAACAACCCUGCAAUUGGACAUUUCUGUGGUUAGGGCAAUGUCCUUAUCACAGAGAGUUUUCUCCUUAGUCCCAAAGAUACUUUUUACUCGUUCAAUGUAGAUAGAUGUACCAUCCUAUAAAUACACACUUGUUUUUCUCUUAUUUUUGUUAAUAAAGCUCAUAAAAAAACUGUACUCUCUGCUGUAGAUUGAAGGGUGGGAGGUGUUCUGAACUGAAGUUACUGCUACUUCAGAAGGAGGCCAGGAGCAACUUAAAUGUGCAUGUACACUUUACAUUGUAAGAGCAAAAAAAAAGCAAGAUAUGCAAAUCAUGUAUAUAUUCAUUACAGGAUGACGGUGAAGUAUCUGCUGCUAGUGCAACUCCAUUGUCAAGAGAAGGUACCAUUUACACAUUUAUUUACUUUGUGUCUCAUUGUGUUUCACUGUAUGUCGAGAUUUAAUAGAAUAGUGGUCAGCUUGUUUCCAUAUAUUGCUGUUGCUAAGUUCUGACACACAAGCUGGGCAAAAUAAUGAAAAUAGCAGCGUGGGUUUUUCUCUUUGCAACUGCACUUUGCUUCUCUAGUGUAUUGCAGUCUUGUCUCUAUUCAGUGUUCGGUAUUAGCACUCUCUUGUAUACCUGCCAACUCUCACGCCUUAGGCGUGAGUCUCACGCCUGCGGGUUGAAAACUUCGAUCUCACGCCGGCUCACUCCUGUGGGCCAAUUUCUCACGCCUGAUUGAAAAAUGUGAGUUGUUGCCGUCCUGCUUGACACUAUUUCCAAAAAUAUGUUAACUCAGACCCAUGUAAGGAACGAAAACCAUGUGUAAAAUAAAUAAAUGGCAAUACCUUCCUCGCGAUCUCUGAUUUUUGAAGUGAAAAGCACUGGGAGCGAGCUCGCCUUUGGCAGACUUCGGACGUCGUCGGAAGACUUCGGACUUCUUCGGGAAUCUUCGGAAAUGAUCGUGUCGUCUUCAAAAAUCCCAGCACUCCCAGGAUAAAAAUCUCACGCUUAUAUCUCAGAAAAAGUUGGCAGGUAUACUCUUGUACAUGUACAUGUACAUGUAAAGGUACCAAAAAAUGGGCAACAAAAAACGUGCAACUUGUCCUGCAACACACUGUGCAAAGAAAGUCAGUUUUACAGGUUGCCAUUCAGGCAACCUGUAGCUUUCAUGUACUAGCCCGAGAUUUAUGUCAGCUAGCCCAAAAAACUUUUUGAUAAACAGGAUUGAUUACACAGUUCUUGUGUAAUUUGAAUUCUUCAAAAAACUUCCCUGGCCCGUCGGGCAAGUUAAGAACAGAAUUCACAGUGCAUGUGCAAAGUACUGGAGACUAUACAUCUUUAACAUUAAAUUUAGCAAGUGUGGUACAGUGGCUCAGCUUCAAGUCCCGGUAUUGAUGCCAUACGUGAGUUUUGAGUUUGUUGUUGGAUCUCAUCCUUGCUUUGAGAGGUUUUCCUUCAGCACUCUGAUUUUCCCCUUUUUCAAAGACCAACAAUAACCAAUACCAAUUCAAUUCUGGAAUGCACAAACACUUUCAAAUGAUUUCUUGAGAACGCCCAAGUGUUUUGUGGUUAAAAGAUUAUUACGUUUAAUUUUUACAUUGGAUGUAGCAAGUUUACUAACGCUAUCAUAUAUUUUUUAAAGAUGUUGGUGAAAACUGGCAGAAUCGUAGUUUUGAUUGGACAGAAUACCUCAAGAAAACAGGUGCCAAAGCAGCGCCCACGCACCUGUUUGAACAUGUGAGUAGUUAUCACUUUACCUGAAUUUUUGGAUCAAUUUAGGCUUCUGGGAAACUGCCCACCUACCCCUUCCCUUAGCCAACAUUAUCACUUACUUCUCACUUAGGGCAAAUGUUGGCUUAGGGGAGGGGUACGUGGGCAGUUUCCCAGAAACGUAAAUUGAUCCGAAUUUUUCUUCUGUUGACUGCUCUGAGGGAGAAUGCGGUAUCACUGUGGUAAAGGGGCGGGGGAGGGGGAUACCUAUCACGCAUCACGCAUCACGCCGAUCAUGGAAAAAUAUGAUAAAACAUUAACUACAUUAGCAAGUAUCCUAUUAUCAUUUGAUCUGAGGAAAUCAGAGGCCGAGGAACGAGAAAAAAGGGCAAGAAGUUGGUGUCUGCUUCUAGUUUCAAAUGAUAUUAACCGUUACGGAAAUUUCAAAGGAAAAUCACGCGUCACGCGUUGUGAAAAUAGUAAAUCACGUAUCACGCUGCUAUGCCAAAUCACGCCUCACGCGGCCAAUUUAGGCCAGAUCACGCAUCACGCUGAUAAUUUGGGUCCCGUCACGCGUCACAGAAAACGUAUUUGCCACCCUGCCGAAUGACCAAGCGGUUAGAGUUCUGGAAUUUUAAUCCGGGGGCAUCGAGUUCAAGCCACGGCCUUAACCGCUACCAGGACUCGUUCAAUAGUCCCAAGCUCACCUCCUUGGACAUGCUUUUAAAAUAGCCUACUGGUUUGCCUCCGGACAGUUAGCCUUAUUGAACUCGUUAUGUUUGUUUUCAAAUGUUUGUUUCUUAUCCUUAUUUAUGGGCCACAAAAAAACACUACGGCUGGUUACCAGUAAAAUUUGUUACCCCUACAGAGUCAUUUUCUUUUUACCCAAGCCAACGUUCUUGAACAGUGAGCUGUCCUCAAACUGCAAUCUGGGGGAUAUCGAGACUAGCCUUAGCUUUUCCAUUCCCCACAGUCACUCAAAACUGAUGUCGAGAAAAAUAUGUAGAGAUGAAAAGUGCUCUAGACGCGCUGUACGAACUUUUGUAGUUCUUGUAUUAGUUUGGGCUUGAAAUCGUGCGAUAUUAACGUUCAAAUGAAAAUGUUGUUUUCUUGUCUUGUUUAUUGUAAUACUUAAAUCCUCUGGUUACUGGACAGGUGAGCCUAAGCCCCUGUUUAAAGGGCGUCCAUGUUGGCAUGAAGGUGGAAGUGGUUAAUUGCAGCAUAGAUGUCGUUGAUGAUACAGAUGUAGCGUUUUGGGUGGCAACUGUCAUAGAGAUUAAACACUACAGAGUUCAGUUGCGUUACGAAGGUUACGAGUCCGAUCCAGCCGGCGACUUUUGGUUUGAUUUGAGAUCCAAGAAUAUUCAUCCAGUAGGAUGGUGUGCCAAGAGGAACAAACUGCUUAUUCCACCCCCAGGUAAAGUCUUACACUUGUUUUAAAUAGAGUGUUAAGUGCUAGAGAACCAUUUCUUGCAGGGAUUAUGAUGGCCUGUACUAGCCUGCGUAGCUGGCGGGAUUAGUGGACGAUUGCUGUAGUUUUUUGGAGCCGAGCCGCGUGAAGACUGGUAUCAAGUCAAAUUGAAUUCCCUCGCACCCAGCACACAAAAGCACCCAGGACACAAGUUAUGCCGCCAGCUACGCAGGCUAGGCCUAUACUUGUACCUUUAGUUUUCUUCCUUUAUUAAACUUCUGGGGACUCUUGCUAAAAGGGGCUGAGUCACGGCCUGUCUAGUUCUUUGCGUUAAUAGGAAGCUUAAUCAACGGCGACGGCAAUGACGACGGCAAAAAGCAAGAGGGCUAGAUUGGCAAAACAACAACUUUGCACUUGCAUCACGUUUUUUUGUACAUUUCUUAGCCGUCGUUGCACGACUACAACGUAAAAGUGCCUCAUUUCACGUUUUGUUGAGGACGGGAACACAAGACAACAACUUUUCUUUUCUUUUUCUCAGUGAACUUUGAUACAGUCCUUUAGAAUUCAACUCCAGAAAAAUUCACCAACAUUUGACGAAUUGUUCGAGAUGGAAUAAGCGCGAUAAAGUUUGAGGCAGCGCAAAUUCACUUUUUAAGUGACGUUGGGUCUGAGGCUUGGGGUAAUAAAAUAAAAGAAAUGUAUUUUUCCUCCCUGAACCUGCAUUUCCCCCAAGCCUUGAAACCAAAUAUGAAUUUUAAUAAUGUCGAAACUGAGUAGAUCAUCUUCGAUUGUUUUAGUGACUGUUACUUUCACUGUCUAUUUCCACCUGAAAUCUAAAAGAAAAGUGUUUGUGACAUGGGGACUCCUGGAACUGGGAGAAUCUUAGGGCCUGAAAUCUUAGUCUUUUCUCGAAAUUUUGCUCAAACCCAUCACAUCUGUACACACCAUUUUGGAAAAAACUAAUCUGGCUGGAUGAUCCUGAUUAAUAGCGACAUUCUCCCUAUGAUUGGACUGGUCUGGCCAGCCUAAGGGCGCUUUCCAUUUAGUCAGAACUGGGUGGCUGGCUGGCUGGCUAGUUUAUCUAAAUACCUUUGCUUCAUUUCAGCAAUCAGGGAGAGAUGUGGCAAUUGGAGGGAUUACCUAUUCAAGUGCCUUUCGGGAGCAAAGACGUUCUCCGCAGAAUUUCUACAACAGCUUCAAAGCCAGCCCUACAACAGGUUCCAAAAAGGCAUGAAGGUUGAAGUGGCAGAUCGUAAGAAUAUGUACUCGAUGUGCGUGGCCACUAUUGUGGAUGUCAUAGGUGACCGUCUGAGAAUGCGAUAUGACGGACUUGAUGAUGAUGUUGCUGAAGACUUCUGGUGUCAUUAUCAGUCGUCUGAGAUUCAUCCAAUAGGAUGGUCCUCUCUGGUGGGUCACACGCUACAGCCUCCCAUUGGUAAGUGCAAAGUGGACCGAAAUACUUGGAUUUAUUGAAUUAAAGGCGGUGUGUUCAACGGGUUAGGAUGCUGAUCCGCAUUUAAAGUCCUCAUCCAUUUUUUCCUGGUCAGCGGAUUUUCGCCUGAACACACAGACUGGGGAUAGCUGGGCUAUGUUCACACGAAUUACAUUCAUUUCGCUACAAAGUCGUUUCGCUACAAGUCGUUUCGCUACAAGUCGUUUCGCAGCAUAAUGAAAUCGUUUCGCUGCAUCAUAAAGUCGAUUCCGUGCAACCAACUUUUUGUAUUAAACAGUUAAAAAAAUUUACGAUGAACUACAAACGGGUAAUAACGAGCUAAGUUAGCGAAACGACUUUACAACCUUUUCAGCGAAUCGACUUCACUGUGCAGCGAAACGACCCUACUCCGCUUUAGCGCCGGCACGAAAAUCACCCUGGACAGGGCUUCUGUUCACACUAAGAACGGUGAUUUGCUCGCGAUUUCUGUAACGCAACAACGCUGCGCCGCGCCGCCCUCUAAAGGCGAGAGUCACAUAUCGGAUAGUUGUUCAUACUACACCGAACAGCUUUUCGCGUGGGCAUGAAAAAUCUUUAUCCGCUUUAGUAGAAACAUCGCCUUAAGGGUUUUUACUAGAAAUACGUGAAUCGCAGAGCCUCGCGAAGCAGGGGUUAAGGGCCAGAGGUAGAAAGAAAAAGUGAAAGAAGCUGAUGGAGAAAAGAAAAUAUAUAUAUAUUUUAAAAGAACCGAUCUAACGGUAAAAUUAAAUGGUAAAUUGUCGUCUUAGAUUAAAGACUUCCUGUAAUUUAGUGACGAUGCUAAAAACCACAAAUCUGUCCUCAUUCUUUCCCUAUUUUCGUAAUCCAGAUAUUUUGCUACCAUGGUGACAUGACGUCACACUUCUCUCGAUUAGCCAGCCUACUUUUUGUCAGUUAGAUUAUUUAACCUUUUUUAACAAAUUAAUUACGAACUUCUAUAACAGAUAGCUCGGCAGUGGCCCUUUAAAGCUUCUCCUCACAUCACUUAAGGUUGGAACACAUUAGGCGACAUGUACUAAAUAAUUUGUGCGAAAUUCUUUGUCUCAGUGACGGAAUUAUCUUAUGAAUUUCAUACACAACUUACUGUUUCUUCAGGAUGGAAGCACAGUCUCAGCAAAUGGAAUGAAUUUUUAGCAGAUGAUUUAGCAAAUUCGUUAGAUGCCCCUCAAGAAUUUUUCGUACAGGUAUGGUUUUUUUGGUUGCGUGUAAUUUUAACUGUGUUAGAAUUAAAAUCAUAUUAUCACGUUAAUUGAGGCUCUCUCAAUCAUAGGUACAAAAAAAGAUCAGUAAUUGCUCAUCAGUCAAAAGUAGAAGAAUAAUUUCAAAAUAUUGUUCCGGUAAUAAACGAGACGAUUGGCAACGACGAUUUUUAGCGCAACACAGCGUCGCAAUGUUGGAACAGUGUUGAAAGCAUUCGGAACAAUGUCGCAACAAUGGUGUGAUGCUGUGUUGCGUUAAAAGUCGUCGUCGCGAAUCGUCUCAUGCAACAUCACCUCAAGUCUCCAUACCAGUCCUUAAAAUUAAUGAUUAUUGUUAUCUUCUGUUCUACAGGACUCCACCGGAACCGCUCCUGGCCUUCACCAGUUUAAAGUUGGCAUGAAGUUUGAAGCAAUCGACCCGUUCAACCCAAGCCACAUAUGUGUAGUGACUGUGAUAAAGGUGCUGCGAUUCAACUACUUUGUCCUUGGAGUGGAUUCUCUGGCGACUUACUUUGUCUGCCACGCUAAUGCAACUACCGUGUUCCCCUGUGGUUGGGCCAAAGCCCAUAAUCUUCAGUUGCACCCUCCAAGAGGUAUAGUAAAAACGCGCUUUUUGCGACAGUUCUGAGUGUUACAUGUACAGGGUUCGUAGGGGUCAUUACAUUUAAGAAUUUCAUUAUCCAAGCCUGAAAACUCAUGGAACUUAAUUGUCAGUCAUGGAAAGUCAUGGAAAAUUAAAGUUAUGUUUGGUAGAUAAUAGUUACUACAGAUGUCAAAGCAAGGACUAUGUAAGAUAGAGACGUAAUUAAACAGCUCGAUUUGGCACGCAUUUUGGUGGACACUAAAGUUUGUCUGUUAAACUGACUGACGUAAAAAAAAUACUCUAAAACAAGAGAAGUUUUGAAAGUAACAGCUAAAGCGAAGGUCAUGGAAUACUAUGGAAAAAGUUAUGGAAUUCUUGUCAUGAAUAUAUCUCGGAAAUUCAGGUUACAGAUCCAGCCUGGGGUUAACUGAAUCUAACCCAAAAUUGGCUUUACGUUCUUAAGUACUGAUUGUUAUUUUGAGGUGUGGCCACAUCCUGUUGUUCUUGUUUAGAUUACACUCAAGAAAAUUUCAGCUGGCCUGAAUAUCUUGCAAAAACUGGAGGGAUCGAGGCUCCUCCUCAGCUUUUUAGACAGGUGAGCGGGCUUCUUACAUUUGCAACGUUUGAGUCUAUUAACAAAUGCUAAGAUGUGACCUUUUAAGUGAAACAUUUUGAUCAUAAGACAUAACAAAGACAUAGCAAUUCUUAUGCUUAAAGCUAAGAACAAUCUAUAACCGAAGUAUCUCCAAUUAGUGUGUAAACGCUAGAACGACUGACACCGUAGUUAAGUUACUACUACUCCUUCUUAAACUGUGGGAAAACUGUGAGGGAAAUUCAGUCUCAGAUUCAUUACCUUUAUCUAACAACCAGGAAAGCCGAAAUGAAAACGGCUUCAAAAUUGGAAGCAAACUAGAGGCUGUGGAUCUGCGAGAACCAGCUCUCAUCUGUCCAGCCACGGUAACGGACCUGAAAGGACCUCUGUUGCGAAUCCACUUUGAUGGCUGGGAUGAAUCCUAUGACCAGCUGGUGGACAUGGACUCUCUGGAUAUUUUCCCUGUUAGUUACUGCGCUUCAGUCUCACAUCCUCUACAACCUCCAGGGUAAUUAACUUCAUUUUCAUUUAACAAUCUACAGUCGACUCUCUCUAACAUGGACACCUUUAGGACCGGCACAAAGUGUCCGUCUUAGAGAUAUUGUAGAGAGGUGUGCCUCUUAUAGACAGUCAAAUAAAGGGAGUAAAGAAAGGCAGGGACCAACUCUAGGCGUCCGUAUUACAGAGGUGUCCGUUAAGAGAGAGUCCACUGUAGAGUGCUUUCAAUCGAGUAUCAAAAGCACCUUCGUAGUAGCCCUGGUUUUGCGUUGCUAUGCGCUCUAAUUCACUAAAAAGAAAAAUCUCCUGUUUUUUCCGCAACCAAUCAGAAAUAAAAGCUGAACCAAUCGCCACUUGUUCACACUCGUUUUCCCGCUCUUGAGACCGGCUAUCCGUGUUCGCUUUAAGUUUUGAUUGGCUUCUCUGAUUUUAAAUGACUUCGCCGACUGUUAUUCGCCAGAGAUCUCUUCCGUAUUGUUUUGACGACACGUGAUACUGCUAGCUCCCCACGUAGGCGUGGGAGGCUACGUUACUGCGGAAGCAAGUCCCGUUGGGACGUCAAUGGUCCUGGAACCGCUUUAAUUCAAAGCUGUAAAUUGAAGAAGCUUGCUAAAAGUCCUUUUGCUGGGGAAAUGCACAUUUACAAUUUCAAGGGGAGGAUUGAUUUAAUAAGUUGAAUUUAAUAUUUUUGUACCUUCGAAUCCGCCUAAUUAACUCUGUUUAGCCCCCCCAAAUGUUGCAUAAAUUAUUGUUUUCAAUUGUUCUUGGUAUGACUUUGUAUUCAAAGAGCAUUUGAAAACGAUAACUUAUGCAAAAUUUGGGGGGCAACCAGAGUCUAUCAUGGGGGAUUCAACAAUAGACAAUCGACGCACAGAUUUGGUGAUGUGUAUUCCAGGGGAAAGCGGGUGUAAAAUUCACAAAUCAUCCAGCUAUCGUCCUAAGCAGACGUUUAUUUGGGUAAGUGGGAAAGAUUGCGCGACGACCCAAAAGACGUCUGUGUGGGAUAGAAAGGUAGCGUGGUUAGCUUGUAACGAUCCUUGUGUGAUCCCUAAAGGUUGAUUUCCACUGCCGCGUAAUUUUUACUUGUGUAGGUAGGUAAAUUUUAUCCGUGUAAAGAAAUAGAAGCAAUGUAUGAAAGGCCGCGCUAGGUUUAACUUUAACGUGUACGGGCAACCUUCCUACAUUGCCUCUAUUUUAGUUACGCGCGUGAAAUUUACGUGCUUACGCACGUGAAAAUUACGCGACAGUGGAAAUCCACCCUAAGCGAUAAUCACAACUCAAAUAAGGUUGCUUUGAAUUGCAGACCAAUGCCUGAUAGAUAUGUGGAGCGGUACGGACCAAUGCCAGACGGUACCAGCAGACAUCCAGUAUCUAAACCCCUUAGUCGACCUGUGAAGAGGAGAACGUCAAUUGAUGAUGAAGGGCACAAGAAGAAAGGUUGGUUUAAAAAAAUGAAAAUCAGUGGAAAGUAACAAUGCUGUUGUUUACUGACCGCGUGGAAAUUUACGGGUGUGGUAAUGUUCACUAGCCUCUCACACAGGCCUUCUUAAGGAUUUGUCACGCAUUCUUACCCACGAACAUUCGUGGGGGAGGAACGCGUGACAAAGCCCCAAGAAUCUCUUCGUGAGAGGCUAAAUGCUCACCUGACUGUUUUUCCACGGGUCUGGUUCUUAAAUUCGUGUCGAAGUGCUCGAUGUGGAUUUAGGCUCACUUACCCUACGUCACAAUUUUCAUUGCACAACUUUAGACCUACUGCCUUUGUACAUCCCAUGACGAGGCAAGACUAAAGAGCGUCUACAAGCAUUGCCCAGUUUUAUGUAAAUCUCGUGACGCACAAAACGCUUUUGUAAUUUUUGAGUUGAUGAAUGGCCUGUCGAAGGACCUACUAUGCGCAGAAAUCUGCCUAACAAGCUUACAAAGGCAAUCGCAGGCAUUGGAUGGAGGAAAGUCAGUUCCGUGUGGACACUUUUUCUUUAGGGCAAUCUUGCCCCCAUAGCCUUUGUUACGAUCGAUUCCUAAUGCUGACCCAAAAGGAUCACAGGCUAUGUGAAAGAUAUGGUCUCCAUGAAAAUUUUCCCGGGUGGACAAAUGCGCGCAUUUCAGCCUGCGAAAAUAGGUAUCUCUGGCCACUUUCCGUCCCUAGGACGUCCUGCGGUGGGGAGUUAUGAGGGGAGGCUGGAUUUACAGGCUAACGACGUAUUCAGUCAUUUUACUGGUUGUAUUUAUGCGUGCUUGUUUAUGUCUCUCUAUCUUAGCCAAGCCACUGUACCCUCAGGAGACUGUAUACAUAAACAAACGCUGUUACCUGGGACCCCUACUCAGUCGCGAUUUGAUGCGCAGUCUGCCUGAUGCCGUGCGAGGCUCAGUUGUUGGACCCGAAAAACACAACGUCAUGCGACUGUGCAUGCAGCAUCUUGUGUCAGCUUCCAUAAACCCCAAACAGGUCCUCGAGCUGUUUAGCCGCGAAUUCUACCAGAGCAAAAAGAACAGGUAAGAGUGUGUUUUGUCUUGCUUUGGACGAAAAGGUCACUUAACCCUUUAAACCCUAAGAUCAAAAUUAAAAUUCUCGUUUGUUGCCCCUAUUCAUUUCCUACAGAAGUAGUGGGGAGAAGUUGAUAAAAUAUCAAGGAAAUUCAUCUUGUGUGAUCAUGUCCGUAAUUCUCAUGACCACUCUGUUUUACAAAGAUUGAUAUUACAAGGAGAAAUUUGAUGCUGAUCACUCUUAGGGCUUAAAGGGUUAAACAUCCAAAUCCACUGUCUCCUUGAUUUCGCCCAAUCCUGACUCUUGAAGAUUUGUUGCGACCCUCACUGUUGUUAGCCUGGUCGCAGAGGUUAAACGUCCCGGAUUGGCGGGAAAGCGUUCUGACUCAACGAAUUACCGGAAAUGCGUUCUGAAUUUCCCUUCAAGCUGAUUGGCAAAUGGACCAUGGCUUUUUUAACAGGCCAAUCAUGGCGCUUACUCAAAUCCUGGUACACAGGUAGGCGCCCAGAUCAUUAGGAUUUCGGUGCUGUCUCGCGGACGGCCUUAACCAGAAAUUAAGUUCCGUCUGUGUCAUAGGCUACAUCGUGGUCCAAGACACCGGUCGGGCGCGUUAGCUGCUGCGUUUCGGGGAUACUGUUAUUGGGCUAAGCUAAUCACUAGGGUUCAUCUUAUGCGAGUCUUUAUGCCGCUAUAAGAAUUAGCAAUGUCCAGGGCGUACUAUGUGAUCGUAAGUAAGAAGCUUCGUGUGAAGCCUAGCUUGCCGUGAAUUUCUUUACGCGGCUCAGUUUCUGGGAGGUCAUGGAACCGAAUUUCAUUGGGGACUCGGUACUAUUCCCAAUAGGACUGCGGCUUGUGAAAACAUCGUCGGUCUUUUACUACCUCUCCCCAAUCAUGACAUGAUAAACGUGCAAUCUUUUUUGUAUACUGUACUAUCCUUCAUAAAACACCUUUUAGUAUUUACGUCUGACAUCUUAGAUUUCUUAAUUUGGAACCUGUUAGGGCCCCAAUUGGAUAGUAGCUGCUAAGGCGUCGGAAUAGGCUUCCGUGAUAAAGGUCUCUUUCUUUGAUUUUCUCUAUAGCACAGCUAAGAACGCAAUUUAGCUCUUCAAGUCCCAAAAGUGACCAACGUCAGUUUUCUCCCAGCCAUAUCCAUACAUCAUUAAGGGAAAAGGGUGUGAGAGUUAAGAUAAUGAUCAGCAAAGGGCAAAUAAUUUGAUCUAUUAUCGAAUUCGCGUAACUAGCUAUUUAAGGAAAUGUAUGGAGAUCAGUCUGGAGAACUAGUAGGUGGAUAUUGGAGCUGAAAGGGUUAACAGUUUGAAACUUUUUCUUCCAGGGAGUUGCAGCUUGGUGGUACAGUGUGUAUAGAGACCAAGAGCAAGAAUGGCAAACGACUAAUGCGGCGUGUCAGGGUAGUAAACAAAGCUGAACACCUUCAGCCUUAUCUCAAACGAGUCUGUGAGGUGGUGGGAUGCUGUCCAGAGCUCAUCAGUGCUACACGUUAUCCUCAGGGGUUUUGCAGCCAAACCUGCUGCUUAAAAGGUCGGUACAAACUUUAGAUUAUCUGUUAAGGAACUGUCUGGCGACAAAUUCAUGUCAGGUCCAGUUUAGUCCUCUAAUAGAUCUCUUUAGCUUGUAUGUUUUGUUUUCCCAAUAGAGGUCCCAGGGGAACUUAACUCUUUGUCUUUUCAUAAUUUAUGCGUAGAUAUGCAAGUGAAUGAGACGGAAUUUGAAAGAAACUUUUCUCUAGAGUAUUAUCACAUGACCUGUAUUGAGAAAACAAAACAUACAAGUUAAAGAGGUCUAUUCUGUCUUACAUUUUUCGCUUGGUGCUACUGUAAUUUUUUUUUUUGUAAAAAAGUGGUCCUGUACUUUAAAAAAAAAGGGGCUAUAUUAAGGGGCUAUAUCAUGCAGUUUUAGGUUAUUCCAGCUGAUCCGACGACGGCGACGGCGACGGCGACGGCGACGGCAACGAGAACAUCAAAAAGCAAUAGUAGGGACUCUAAGAUCCAACAACGCGACGGCAGUGAAUUUACGUUCUUUCAGUGCCGUUACUGCCCGACUACGACCUGAAAAAACUUAAUUUCAUGUUUUGUAGAGGACCCACAAGCGACGACGAAAUUUCUUUCCUCUUUCUGAACUUGGAUAUGGUUCUUCGUAAUUCAAGUUUAGGAGGGUUCACCUACAUUUGAUCGCAAAGUUAGUGACUUGUAGUAAUCAAGAUGAAGAAUGAAGCGAAUUUACUUUUUUAGCGACGUUUUCGCUGCCCUUGCCGUUACUAAUUAGGGACCUUACGAAACUAUGACGGCGAUGGCAAAGGGAACGUCAAAACUCUGCGCGUGCUUCACACUUUUUUGUAAAUUUUUUUGCCCUCCCUACACAACUACGACGAGAAAUGACCAAAUUUUAAGUUUACUUGAGAAUUGAGACGGUAAGGCGAUAAAUUCUAUUAUCCCUGUCUGAACUUCGGUGCGGUUAUUUUUCUUCAGCUCCAAGUCUAAUUUUCAGCGACGUUUUGAUGGACGUCGCCGUUGUCGGAUCGCAAGGUCCGUAUUACCGGCUGGUGAUAGAAUUGAUUAGAAUAACAAAAUAAACACUCAGAACUCUUAAAGAGAGAACAUAAUAGAAAUGGCUAAAAAGGGAAUUGUUGAGCACGAGUUGGAGUUUUGAAACCAACUUUAUGCGCCACAGAUAAACGCUUGUCAACGCUAAAGGUCGCUAUUUGUUUAUGUGGUAGGCAAGGACAACGGCGUCACAUCUUCAAGCGACGGACGAGAAAGAACAACGGAUUUUCCGUCUCCGGCGCACAUCGCAGGUGCUCCUUUUGCCGCUACCGCCUGGCCACCAAUGGCUACAGAGAGAGACACGUCUCACGAUUCCAUGGUGUCGUCCACGAGUAAUCUACCGUCGUCUUCUGAAGCCCGUGGAUCGGACGCCGCCUCUGUUCUCUUAUAUCAGAGCUCUAACAGUGGAAAAGACCCCCGCCUGUGGAAUGUCCUAGAGGUUACGAACUUCAUGUAUUCGAUCGGUUGCUCGAAUUAUGCCGAUGCUUUCGUCAAAGAGGUUUGUGUAUUCUUGCUUCCUUUGCUUCUGUUGCCUUUAAAAAUACCAUUAUUGAACUUUUAACUGCAAUAAAGAACACUUUUCUUCCUUCCUCAGCUGUAUUAUAGCUGGCGGUAAGCGAGCUCUUUCUUCUCAUUGCUUUACGCUUUACCCCUCACCUCUUGCGCUUGAAAGACCAAGUAGAUUGAAAGCUUACUGCAUACAGUGCCUGAAUAUGCGAGUAAAAACUGCUUUCCAUAUGUCCUGUACGACUGCUGAAAAACGUUCACCGAUCAGCACGAUUGUAUGGAAAACAACUCUUCGAUAACCAAAGUGAUGGCAGCGAAAUCAGAAUCAAAAUUGCCAUUCCCGUGGAAAUUUAAGUUAAGCGUUGAUUUAUCCCUUAAAAUGCCGACAGGUGGGCCAAUUGACGCUGUCAAACACAGAACUAACAUGGCAGUAAAUAGAAAUAUCACACGUACGGCCGCUGGUGUGAACUUACUUCUGGUUGUCGUCAUAUUUCGCGGAUUUUCUUCAAUUUUCUCACAAGAAUAAGAUGUGUCAUCUAGGGCCGUAUCCCUUAUAAAACUACAGUGGAGAGUUUUUUCUUGAUGCAGUUGCUUGUGUAGUUGACAUACGGAUGUUACUAAGACAGGGAACGGGGAGCGGUUAACGAGCACGGGGAACGGAAAAAUGAAAAAUGGGGACAAAACUUAACUUGAACCCUAGCCCUGUCAAUAAUAGUCUGCUUCACAUCCGUUCUUUGUGUUGUCACGCAACGCUCGUCCCCACCAACGGCGUGACGACGCAAAGAACGGCUGUGGAGCAGACUAUAUCAGUAACUUCAUUUCCAAUUCUCUGUUUUUUUUUCCUCGUGUUUCAAUUUCCCGUUACCGUUUUAGUAAUAUCCGUAACAUACCCCCCUCUGUUGUCUUGUUUUCAGGAGAUCGAUGGACGCGCCCUACUGCUGUUGACGCAAGAAAUGUUGGAAUCGCUAACAGAAAAUAAACUGGGACCCAUGACGAAAAUCCAAAGCGCCGUAAAGGCCUUGAAACAAGCGUGGGGCAUAUGAAAAUAUCAUGAAGAUAAUAUCAUAUUAUGAACUCGUCAGUUUUAUUCGGAAUUUCAAGCAGCACUGAUUAGGUGACUGUAUAAUUGUUUUGUAGUAAUAAUACCCAAAUGCUUUGUAACUAAGUAUUUUAUUAUUUUUUUCUACUUGAACCCUUCAAGCCUUGAUCAGCGUUGACAUCAAUGUUCUCCCUACCAGCUCGCAUUCUGUUCUUUUGCCGCUGAUUGGGGGAAUUUUACAAGCAAACAAAAAAAGCCAUGGUUCCUUCUUUUAUAGUUAGGAGAAGCUACAUAGACUUGUGUCGGUUUUAUUUCUUCCUUUUAUAUUUAAAAGCCGGAAUAUACGAGGAUUUCCUGCCGUUAGUUUAAGGGAAAAUAAUCUGCAGUAAAUUAAAGCCAGUUUAUAGAUGAUGUUAUGAUCUGCACACAGUGAAGUGCGAAGAAUUUCGUUUACAAAUGAGACGUGGUGGUGAAAUUCUCGUCUGAUCUAAACAGGUAUAUAAACGGGUAUUUUGUUUGUUUUGUUUUUUUGUAUGCCGCUCUCUGACAAAAACUGGACUUAAGACACUUGCCAUUAUAUAAUAACUUGUCACAACUAUACUACAUCUAAACAAAACGUUAAGUGUAAUCUCAUCAGAGGGCCUCAUUUAAUUUUAGACUUUAGAUCAAAUAACAUUCGUAUGAUUUGCCGAAUAUCAGUUCAUCUGGGAGCAUGGUCUUUCUUUCUUUUUUGGUAACGCGCUUUUGAUGUCAACAAUCUAAUGGUGAUCAGUAUGGAUAUUCUCAUAACCUAAAUAGUUGAUUUCUUAUGGUUAGUUUGAUGAGAUGUUGCCCUCUGACCACCACUUGGUUUGAUAGGGUUGAAGUGUAAUUUUGGGAGGUUCUAAUUAUUAUAAUCAGGAUUAUUAUUAACAAUAUUAUAAUAAGUAUGGUCAUAUAAGAUGCAAUUUAUACGUAAAUUCCUCAAAAAGAUCUUGAACAUAGUUGUCUUUUGCAACCGAAUUCAUUGCUGUUCGACGAGUAUAGUCUUGUUGCUAAAAUGUUUCUUUCGCGAUAGUUCAGUUAUAUCUAAGCGUAAGCCGCAAAUCGUGCAUGUUUAGAAUAUUCUUGGCAAUAUUGUUCACACUUCGUGCGGCAGUACUAGGUUAUAAAAAAUAUAUUCGAACUGGUUUUGCAAACUUUUCUCCCUCUUGAAGUUAUUUCAAUUGGCAGUUGUCUUGAAUCAGAAGACUUGCUUUAGCAAUCUCUCCAUCAUAAUCGUUAGGAACGUCUUUCCAUUUGAGUAAGAUAUAGACCUCUCAUUACCUUUUGAUCCAACAAGGUCGGAUAGCAAUGAAAUCGAAUGUAGUAUUCACCUAAUUCCGUUCUUACAUUGAGUUCUCAUUUGUGACUAGUCUAAAUGUUUAAUGCAGUCUUCAUUCGCCUUGUCGUUUUGUUGUCUUGCGACUGUAAGCGAAUGAUACGUCGUUCAUCAUAGUGCAAGUUUGUUACUCGGCAGAUUUGGAGCGAUCUUGUACAAGUUUUGGCCGUCGACGUCUCGGAAAGGCCUAUUCUGAAACUUGACCCUCGUUUUCGUUCAAGGACGUUCAACAUUUAGAAUGCGCUAUCUUAAAGGAGCUGCGUCACGAAAUUUAUCAAAAUCCAAUCAGUGGAAACUACCACCAAAUUGACUAAAACGUGAAAAUAAUCACUGAAAACGUCAAAAGAAGGUAUGAAUAACACAGCGAAUGUAAAAGGAAGCACGGAUGGUCAAACUUGAAGAAGAUUAAAGCGGAUUGCAAUUGUGAUGUUUGAAAAUUUGUUAGCCCAACAGUUUUUCAAAGUUUAUUUUUGCUGUUUGUAACGUUUGAUAUAAUGCUUGUGAGACAUGUUUAGUGUUAGACACGAAGGUUAAUUUUGUCGUUCACAAGUAUUUUUUUAAGUUCCAUAGCGAAUAAGGAUUCAUAAUUGGCGUUAUAAACAAAAUGAACGAGCCAGCUGUGACACAGCCCCUUUGAUAUCAAAAAGGCUGUGAAACUGUUCAAUUUGCUUUUAAGUAGCUGUAACAUCUGAUGUUUUAUUAACGUAUGUUGGACUGUGUUCCGUUACGUUUGACGAACGCUCCCAGAAUUCUAUACUAGCGGCGAUAUCACGAUGGGAACGAGGCGAACAGCCGCAUUAUAUUACCCCUUCCUUUCCCUCGUUUGCACGACUGUUAGUCAAAAGAAUAUUUCACGGCGUAUGCCCAAAUGAAGUACCAGCUAUUAGACAAUCCGUAGACAGGUUUUGCUGCCUUUCUUGGUAAGAGAAACGCAACAGGCGGUUAGAUUUGCUACAAAGUCUAAUGAACGUACAGAAUUGUCAAAGACGUACGCGAAAUUGUAGGCUGUGAUAAUGUAUAAAAAUCUCCAUUACUAGAUUUAAAUUAGUUGAGGGCUUUUUAAAGUGUAAUAAUUGCGUAGUUUAAGAGCUUUAUUUAUGCUUAAGAUGUUAAAUAGCGAACUUGUUUAGUUUAAGGACGUGUGUAAAGCACCGUGAAGUUUUCUAGAAUUGUGAAUAUCUAACUAAAUCCAUAAAUUCUUGUCUGUCCCCUUGCCUCCAAAGAAAACUCGUUUGAGUUGGAAUGAAGAGGGGCGAUUCACGUUUUUGUGUCUUAGUUUUAUCUUGCACUGAAUGAUUUCAACCACUGAAAAAUUGGAC